AUGGCGACAUUGUUAAAAAACUUUAAACAAAGUCUUAAAGUUCGCCAAGAACCGGAUAUUCAACACAAAUCAGAGGAUGAUGACACGUCCGCCCCGGAAGACAAAAAUGUACCGGAGAUGGCGCAUGCGCAGUCGUUAUGCGAGUUGGACCACCCUUUCCGGCACCCGAAUGAGACCUCUGACCUGCGAUUGAUAGUGGAGGGACGGCCACUGUACGUGUCAAAGGUCGUUCUGUCGCUGGUGUCUCCUGUGUUUAAACGGUUAUUUCUAGCGGGGUCGGUUGAAAGCAUGGUAGAACUUCCGCUGCCAGACCGGAAGUACGCGGACAUGGUGCAAUUCCUUUGUUGUGUGUACCCGGACAUUCUCGCACCGAUUACAGAAAUCAAUAUUGUGAUCAUAUUGGACCUGGCGGAAGAAUUCCAAGUUCAUCGCCUUGUGGAAAAAUGCGAGGAGUUUCUAGCCAAUGACAUAGCAAUCACGCCCACGUCAUCACCAUACCCACAAAAAGUAGUUCGCUACCUUUACCUCUCAGACAAAUAUGGACUGGAGGAUCUACAGAAAGCUGCGUUUGAAACUGCGGCUAGAAUGCAGUCCGAUAUGCUGGAGAAUGUGCGGGAAUUCUGGCAACUUCCGUCGGUUACGACGACGAGCGUGUUUAUCCGUCGUCUGAAGCUGCUGGAAGUCAGCGGGCGGGCGGUUCGGACGCGCAUUAAGGAGGCACAGAACCAUUGUACGCUUUACCACAAAGGGGAGAGAACUGGAGACAACGUGUGUAACAAGUGCUUUGCAGGGAUUGGCAAAUUCGUGAUUUCCGAGAUGAAAUAUUUUUGAUGUCGCCGAACACUUUUAUGAAAUCACAGCUGGUUUGCGGAAAUAUAGUAACGC